CGCAGAAGCUCCGUUAUUCGACAUUUGAAAGAAGACAGCUGAAAAAACUCAGCUGAAUGGCUGCCUCUCCUCUCUCAGUUAUGAAUGGUAAACCAGAUCUGAAGACUGUGUGUGCUAUAGUGAGGACAAGCAGAUGGCACAUGUUGGGUUUAACCCUAAAAGUUGAUGACAAAAAGCUGCAAGACAUUGCUUCAGAGAGAUCAGAUAUAGAAGAAAAAAGAACACAGAUGUUUCGUGCUUGGCUCAAUGGUCAACCAGGAGCUAGUCACAAUCAACUGGUUGAGGCACUGAGACUCAAAGUAAUAGGAGAGGACAGAAUGGCUCAGGAAUAUGAAGAAAAAGUGAAGGAGGAAGCAUCUAAAACCAGAGAAACUACUCAAACAGAAGCUCAAGUUGUGCAAGCAGCAUCAUUCGUACCUGCUUGGAGCUCAAGUACAGCUCUCAUCGCACAGAAAGCAUCAGAAGUACCAACACUGCAAGCACUUGAAUUGCAAAAAAAAUAUCGCAGGCUCCUUGAGCUAAUACAAGAUCUAUCACAAAAUGCUAAUGUAGGAAUAGUCAGGAACCAGCUAAGGGCUAUACUACUAUACCAUUGCAUCUAUCAGUUACAUGGCUACAAGGAAAUUAUUGAUGGAAUCACAAGCAUGGAUGAAGUAUUUGCUUUUCUCAUUGAGAAUCACUUUGUCGGUUACCUCAAUUAUGCUCUCCUCGAAGAAUUCUCAAAAAGCAAGGUUAUAUGUGGAGAUAGGCACAAAGAGGCACAAGAUGAAGUACUAGAGUAUGAGAAGCACUAUCGUAAGUUCAUUGAAGAGCCUGCCUUUUACCAACUGAUUGAGGUUUUUGAUGAGAACCCUCAUCUAAACCCAGGCACUGUCGUAGGACUACCAAUUGUCAUUAUUAGUCUUUCACAAAAGUGGAAAACCCGAAACAAAAAAGAUCUAAAUGAAUGGAUAUCUUUUCUAAAAGAUAACAAGCAGCUACUUCAAAGUAUCGGCUACAAAUGCAUACUAAUUACUUAUGCCAUUUUUCCUGUUCACCUGCUCAAAGUUAUGAGAUUCCUAAGCAAUGAAGAACACAUGAAAAGGCUUAAAAAUAAUGGAAUAACAAUCGAAACUCCUUCAUAUACAAUGGAAAUAGCAGAGAGACUGAGAGAAGUAGAACAGGCCGGAGAAGAUAGCUCAGAUGAAAUAGAGAUAUCUGAAAAAGGAGAGAGGAUUCAACAAGACCAUUUGAAGGAUGAAGCAUAUAGCAUUGUACAGAAUGAGAUCACAAUGAGAGCAAAAAAGCAUAAGAAAGUUCACAAGAUAGAAAAGCGCUGCAAGAAAAAGCUACAAAGUCGAAGAGGGUUGAUUUCUGCACAAACUAAUGGUAAAUUUAAGCAUCUUUUUAAAGAUAAAGAUAAGGCUUUACUCAAGUCAAAUACACAAAUAGCGAUAAGAUUCAGGAGACGUUCUGAAAGAGUAUUAAACCGAGAAACUACAAGAAGUGUUGUCAUUGAAAAAACUAAACAACUAUAAUUUGAAGUAGCAGUGACACAACACAAACAUCCCCAUAAUUAUACUCCCUUGCUUUACAUUUCCACACAUACAUAAUCUGAAGUCAUGUGCCCAUGCAUUGGGAACUUGUUGCUUAUAAGAAUACUGUAAUUAAAAAUUUAUUAUUACCAUAUAACCCCAAUUGAUUUUUUGUUGUCUCACAAUACCAUUUUGUCAAUAUAAUAA